AGGACUUUUUCUCUCUCCUCUAUUAAGAGGAAACUUUUGUGUUUUGUUCUCCAAGUUCAGCUCGGUCCUCAAGCCGUGUUCUCCGCUGCGCUUUUCUUCAAUCUCCGCUCUUUUCUUCCAUUCCCUCCGAUGCCUUCAUUUUUCUGCGUUUUUUUCACUUUUCAUUGCAAUUCUGGAUAUCGAGAUCAUGCGCAUUCAAAGGGGACCUGUUCUGAAAAUGGUUUGUUCUUCGUUUCCAUUACUGUUUUAGUUGGAAUAUAAAUGUUUCGCCGUGCACUACUUGUUUUGGGGUAAAGAUGACCCGUGUCUUUUGCGCUUUUGCUGGAGUCAUGAUGGUGUUUCGCGUUAUUUUGCUGUGCAUCAUGGAGUUGCAUACUGGCUGCGAUGCCGUGCUCGCCGCCGGUCUCACCACUUUCAGGGCUUUCGCUCCACCUGCACAAGAGGGUGUUGUACGGACCGUCGAUCGGAUUUACCAUGGAGGUGGGAAGGUUGGUUACCUACUCUACAUGGACGGGAGAAGGUUUCAGUUAGAUAUGGAGAGGGAUGAGUCAAUUUUGUCACAUCACUUCAGUCCGAAAUAUGUGAUGGCCCUGAUGGGGGCGGUAGAAGGCGCCGCGCCUCUGCACCGGGAGUGUGUUUACAGGGGAACCGUGGACUCCAACCCCGAGUCCCUGGCGGUUUUCAGCCUCUGUGGUGGGGGUCUAGAGGGAUUUUUCGCUUUGAAACACGCACGCUACACAAUCACACUUCUCAUCCGAAGCAAGGGACACGAUAACGACGUGCGUUCGCUGGAUGACAAGGAUGCGAAGAGCGCGCUCCACUACUUCACGCGGGAGCGCUUCAGCUUCGAAGCCAUGCCUGUGAGCGAGAGCUGUGGGACCAAGGAAGGGCGCGGGCGCAUGGAUGCACCGAGGAAACACCGGCGUAAGGGUCGAGGGAAGGGGAAACGCGACCGGCAUGGUGUCACCCUGGACAGGGGCGAGGAGCGCAGCAGAGCGCACGGCAGAAGAUGGUGGACGCAGUUGUCCAAACCUGCCUCUCCACCCUCACUGGGAAGUCGGCGCAAGAGGUCGGUUUCGCGCGCCAGGCACGUGGAGCUCCUGCUGGUCGCAGAUGAGUCCAUGUCCAAGAAGUACGGCAAGGACCUGCACCACUACCUGCUCACGCUGUCCUCCAUCGCUUCCAAGUUGUACGGUCAUGCCAGCAUCGAGAACCCCAUCCGUCUGUCCGUUGUGAAGGUGACCAUGGUCACGGAGAAGGAGAAGGGGCUGGAUGUGUCCAAGAACGCAGCCGCCACGCUCAAGAGCUUCUGCAAGUGGCAGAACCAGCAGAACCCACUGGACGACGACAACCAGCACCACCACGACGCCGCCAUCCUCUUCACCAGGCAGGACCUGUGUGGGCACCACUCGUGUGACACACUGGGCAUGGCCGACGUUGGCACCAUCUGUUCACCAGAGAGGAGCUGUGCUGUCAUAGAGGACGACGGACUCCAUGCCGCCUUCACCGUGGCACACGAGAUAGGUCACUUGCUGGGCCUGUCUCACGACGACUCCAAGUUCUGCGAAGAGCGUUUCGGCGCCAGCGCGGACAAGCGUCUCAUGUCGUCCAUCCUGACCUCCAUCGACGCCUCCAAACCCUGGAGCCGCUGCACCUCAGCUACCAUCACGGACUUCUUUGACGAUGGCAACGCCGAGUGUCUCCUGGACUCCCCCCGCCUGCCCCUGCUCGGCUCAGAGGAGCUUCCCGGCCAGAGCUACGACGCUGUGCGCCAAUGCCGCCUGGCGUUUGGACCCGAGUACACGGUCUGCCCGGGCAUGGACGUGUGCGCCCGCCUGUGGUGCGCAGUGAUACGCCAGGGGCAGAUGGUGUGCCUGACCAAGAAGCUGCCCGCCGUGGAGGGCACGCCGUGUGGCAAGGGUCGCAUCUGCCUCCAGGGAAAGUGUGUGGACAAGACCCGCAAGAGACACUACUCGGCAUCUAACCAUGGUAGUUGGAGUUCAUGGGGUCCGUGGGGGGCAUGUUCGAGGACGUGUGGUGGAGGGGUGCAGUUUGCCCAGCGUCUGUGUAACAACCCGCCGCCCCGAAACAAUGGGCGCUACUGCACCGGCAAGAGGGCCAUCUACAAGUCCUGCAGCGUCACCCCGUGCCCCUCGCCCAGUAAGAGUUUCCGCCAGGAGCAGUGUGAGUUGCGGAACGGCCCCCAGACAGACCCUAAGGGGGUGAAGACCUUUGUGGAGUGGGUACCCAAGUUCGCAGGGGUGCUACCUAAAGAUGUGUGCAAGCUGACCUGCCGGGCCAAGGGCACAGGCUACUAUGUGGUGUUCUCGCAGAGGGUGGCGGACGGGACAGAAUGUCGACCGUACAGCAGCUCAGUGUGUGUGAAGGGCAAGUGUGUGCGUACCGGCUGUGACGGCAUCAUCGGCUCCAAGCUGCAGUUUGACAAGUGUGGCAUCUGUGGAGGGGACAGCACCGGCUGCAUCCGGGUGAUAGGGAACUUCACCAAGAAGAGUAAGGGCUACACAGACGUCGUGAAGAUCCCAGCGGGCUCCACCCACAUCAAGGUCCGCCAGCACAAGCCCAAGGACCAGCCCCGCUACACAGCCUACCUGGCCCUGCGUCGUCCCGGUGGCGACUACCUCCUCAACGGCAAGUUCAUGAUCUCUACCUCAGAGACGGUCAUCCCCCUCAACGGCUCGGUGCUCAACUACAGUGGCUGGAGCCAGCGGGACGAGUGGCUACACAGCAUGGGCCCUGGGGCCCUCAGAGAGGCCCUUACAGUUCAGAUUCUGGCCACGGACGCCAAGAGGCCCCUGGAUAUCCGCUACAGCUUCUUCAUGUCCCGUCGUGUUUCGGCUCCACCGCCACCACCUCCCCCGCACACCUCCACAACUACACCCACCACUACUACUACAACAACCACCUCUACUAGAUCAAGCAGUAGAACCAUAUCGGCCCCGUUUUUGGCCCUGGCUCUCUCUACAGCCCCAGGGGUGUCGACCGCGGCGGCGGCCUCUGGGCCCCAGUGGGUGACUGGCCCCUGGAUGAUCUGCUCCAGGACUUGUGACACAGGCUGGCAGAGCCGCACGGUGCAGUGCAAGGACCCGCAGGCCAAGCUGGCCAAGGGCUGCCCUCUGGGCGACCGCCUCUCCGCCUUCAAACAAUGCCUGGUGAAAAAGUGUUGAGAGGACCAGAAACAAGACUCCCCUGAAAGUAGGGGGUACACACAGACAGAGAGACUGGCUAUUGACAGUCAACCCCUCCUCUUCCUUACCCCCCCCUCCACCCUACUAUGCCAGGCCCUGCUUGGCACAGCUACAGACAUACGACGGACACAUGUGAACACUUCCGAAUAGUGCAGCCGCCCAAUCAGCAACCACCCACUUGUCACAUCCCUCCUCUAUCGGAAGGUUUUGUUUGUAUUCCCCUGUUAAUGACAUGUUUUGUUUGCUUCUCUGUAUGUUCUUGCUACUGUGGGUUUUUCAUGAUUUGUCCGCUUUGUCUCUUUGUCUUGCGUGACUGCACACCUCCGGACAAUGGGCCUCCGUGCUAGUCUGUCGAGGGGCAGUUUUUCAAACGAUCCGUACUGUAACCAGUCCAGAAAUGGGGUUGAACCGCACUGCAAACAUCCCAGGUCAGAAAAUGGACAUACAGUGAUAGACUGAGUUGGGGCAGAGUUGUGCCCAACAGCUAGUGCUGAGCGAUUUUAAAUCUAAAUUUUGUUUAUUAUUUUGGUUUUUAAACAACUAAUUGACAGACUUUGUUUCAAUUAUUUGGAUCCCAUGUAGUUAUGGUUUUUUUCUGUGAACUCAAUGUGCACAUGGGGCAGUUUCUCUAGAAAUAAAUCAGAUCAAGCCCAAACUAUGCGAUGGAGUUGUAGUUUACAUCAGGCCAAUAUUCUAAAUAGUUUAGUGCAGAAAAUGUGCUAAUUAACUACAAUGAUCAUAAUGGAUUGCGUGCGUACUUGUCCGAUCUGUGUGUUUCUUUUAUGCCUGCUACAUCAGGUUAGUACAGAAGAAGGUGCAUUCGAGAGGGAAAGAGAGCAGUUACUUUGCGAAGUAUCUCUACCUGAAAAUGCAUAGUCUAAGGGGUUGAUAGUUGGUAUUCAGUAGUCAUAAAAGUAUGCCUUAUUUACUUCGAAGAACUACUAAAAUACUGAUUUUGUCAGACCGCAUAGGCAGCAGCUCUAUAGGAAGGACUUGGAAUGAAAUAAUAAAAUCAUCAAAUUAAACAAAUGUAAUAUACACAACUGAAAUAUUUUAGUAAGUGAUAAGUAGUACUGAGCAGUCGCUAUCAUUAUUACUUGUUUUAUUCUGUGUUACAGCAUUCAAACCACAUAAUGCAUAGUGCAUUUAAUAUUUCCAAAAUGGUUUGAAAUCGAAAACCAUGAUUAUAUUUUAAUAAUCGAACCGAAACCGAACCGACUUCAAAAAGCACUAAUCGCUCAGCACUACCAACUGCCAAUUCCCAGUGACACCAAUAGAGUGACACUGGGCCAAGAGACCACGGUGAACCUUCAACUCUGACCUUUGGGUGGGGCUAAGCUUGACAUUUGAGUGUUUUGUCUUUGUGUGUAUGGGUUUGUUUAUAUUGUGAACAUACAGUGUUUUUGUCAUACUCUAUGUCCUAAACUCUUUUAAUGGACUUUAACCCUCAGUUCCAUUUGUAUCACUAUGCGGGUGCUAGAGGGUCGCUACCAUUUUGUCACUGUGUUUAUCUGUCUGUCUGUCUUUCUGUCUGUUUGUCUGAUUAGGAAAAAAAAGCAAUUCUUGCUAGUAUGACAAUGUGUGCACUGGAUACUCGCAAAUACAGCAAGAGGGAAACUAACCCAGUCAUACCUGACCAAAUACACUUCUACAGCUCUCUCUCUCUCUCUCUCUCUCUCUCUCUCUCUCUCUCUCUCUCUCUCUCUCUCUCUCUCUCUCUCAACAUAUUGACACGUUCUUGUUUAAGCUAUCCAUUUCUCACACUCAAGUCUUUCUCUCACUCUGACAUCCACUACCAUCCAUUCUCUGUCAUCCCUCUGUCCCUCAUGAGCUUGUAAUGCGAAACCACACACCCUUUGACAGGUGGUGAUAGACAUGCAAUAUACUGGAUACAUAUGGGAUCUUGCAACAUAGGCACAACUCACUGUUUGUCAUACACAGACACACAUUCACAUAAAGAAUACACAGCACCCCCAAAUGACUUAAUUACGAGUAUUUUCACUGUAUUAGGCCCACAUUAACGCAUAAUACACACAUAUGUACACACACAUUUUAACUCGCACAAUACACGUUUAGAUAGAAGCAACAGUAUCACAUAUGUACAGAAUACAUUUUGCACACACACAUAAAUAUGUUUUAAAAAAUUCCACCGCACGCAUGCAAACACACACGCACACACACACACACACACACACACCCACACGCACACACACACACACACCCACACACCCACACACCCACACACGCGCGCACGCACGCACACACACACCCGCAUGCACGCACGCACACACACACACACACACCAAUAUAGUGUAUCUGUAUUACUGUUUGACACUUCCCAUGGGAAAAGACCCUUUCGUUGAAAGAAACACAGCACUGAACUUGUAAUUUAUUGUUUGUAAAACUGGUAUGUGAAAAAAGAACCAUGUGAUGAAUUUAUUUAUUAUUAUGGUAAUGUUGUAUCAUGUUUACUAUUUAACUAAGAAUAUGACUGUGCAGAAUAAUUCAUUUUGACGAAAAUUGUGUUUUGCUAGUCAUCUACAUGAAUAUAUGUACAUAAAAUGUAUAUAU